CCUCGCCACGAUGAAGCCGUGGUCAGCUAUGUAAGUCCUCCGGACAAGCGGGGGCGGUGUGGCGGAAGGCUUAGGUCGAGGCCGCAGUGCCCUGACCCGGCUCUCGAGCUCGGCGGCGUUGCGGUUCCUGUGAGCGCUCACGGUUGUUUGCGGAUUUGAAGUGAACAGAGGCUGUCGGUUGGUGGGUGUCGGUCGCGGAGCCAGACUCCUGGGGAAGCGGCGACGGGAGAUGGCGGAGCGGAGUGCAGAUGCAAACCGGCAAUGGAGCGAAGUUCAGCUGAGGAAGUACACCUUCACCACCAAGGACAUCCCCAGGAUGUCCCACAGCGAUCCGCGGGUCGAGGCACUAAUAGACAAUGAGGAGCCGGUAGUGUUGACAGAUACCAACCUGGUGUAUCCAGCACUGAAGUGGGACCUGGAAUACUUGCAGGAGAAUAUUGGAGAUGGGGACUUUUCUGUUUAUGUUGCUAAAACGCACAAGUUCUUAUACUAUGAUGAAAAGAAAAUGGUUAACUUCAAGAAUUUCAAGCCAAAGUCUAGGAGGGAAGAGCUGAAAUUUAGUGAAUUUGUGGAAAAACUUCGUAAAAUCGAUCAAAGUGACAACAGGUAUUACUUACAACAAACGCUGAAUGACACAGUAGGGAAGAAGAUUGUCAUGGAUUUCCUGGGUUUUAACUGGAACUGGAUCAACAAGCAACAGACAAAGCGGAACUGGGGCCAGCUCACAUCCAACCUGCUGCUUGUAGGAAUGGAAGGGAAUGUUACACCAGCACACUAUGAUGAACAGCAGAACUUUUUUGCACAAAUUAAAGGUUACAAACGUUGUAUUCUGUUUCCACCUGAUCAGUUUGAUUGUUUAUAUCCAUACCCAGUCCAUCACCCAUGUGAUAGACAGAGCCAGGUGGAUUUUGAAAAUCCAGAUUAUGAAAGGUUUCCCAAUUUUAGAAACGUUGUAGGAUAUGAAACAGUGGUUGGACCAGGAGAUGUAUUGUACAUCCCUAUGUACUGGUGGCAUCAUAUUGAAUCAUUGCUUAAUGGAGGAAUCACUAUUACUGUCAACUUCUGGUACAAGGGUGCACCAACUCCAAAGAGGAUUGAGUAUCCAUUGAAAUCCCAUCAGAAGGUUGCAAUUAUGAGGAAUAUAGAAAAAAUGCUGGGAGAAGCUCUAGGAGAGCCACAAGAGGUUGGGCCAUUAUUAAACAUGAUGAUAAAAGGCCGAUAUGAUUAACAAUCAUCCUGUCAACUGUUCAGCAACACUUUCUUGGAGGAAAUGGCACCAGACUGAGCAUAUUGUAUACAAGCAUUACACGCCCGGACUGAAUGCAGAUGCAGGAAAUUCUUCCUCUUGUUCAAAGUUGGCUGCCAUUGAUUGUUGAAAUGAAUUUUUAUAUCCGCCAUCUGUGUGCCUGUCAGACAGAAGAUACUGCCAACUGAAGUCUGAUAUCAAUUGAUUGGCACAUUGCCCUAGAUACGUUGUAGCACUGAGUGUGUAUGUAGACCACAUACCACCAAUUUAUAUGGUUUGAAGUUUCUUCUUGAAACAGAAACAAAACUGAGCGCUUUGUGCUGAUUCUAUUGGAAUGGUGGUAAUUGGCUAAAUGCUGUUGGUUUCUUUGCAUGACUCUGAAACAAGAGAAGGCUCCUCCAUAGUUGAGCUUAUAAAUUGGCUACUUUUGGUUUUAAUAGCUCAUAAUUUAUGAUCAAUUCCUGUGACAUACACUCAUGUCUUAAAAUACUAGAUUUGAAAUAUUAAAAGGUGGCAGAGGCACACAGCACCCAAACUGAAAUGCUGUCAGCAAGUUGGGGAUACAUGUUUCACCAUCUUGGGUUGAAUGUCGGGUUGAAAGUCAGACUUUGAUGUUCUGCACAACAUUCAUCAAAUGUUUGUGAUCCAGAGCAGAGUACAAAUCUGUGUCCUAGUGAUGUAAUGUCGCAGUGUUGAUUAUUAUUCUGUUACCCAGCCAAAUCUUAGUGCUAUUUUGAGGAACUGUAUAAUGAAACCAUCAUUUUCGGAAUCUCUGGUUGCUCUUCUAUAAUUUAGUUUUGGAGCAUUCUGACAUGUUUAAUGUUUUUCUGUCUCUUACUAUCUCUCUCUCUUUCUAUCUGUCUGUCGCUUUGACUCUUUCUCUCUCUCUCUGUCCCUUUCUUCCUCUGUCUGUAUUUUUCUCUCUCUCUCUCUCUCUCUCUCUCUCUCUCUUCUCCCCCACCCCCCGCUGUCUUUCCCUAUCCUCUUCUCACCAUACUAUCUCCGCACACUAGUAUCUGAUCACAAACCACACUUUGUACAUGUGUAUUUUCAGUUUUAAUCAGAGAUUUUAUACAAAACCUGAUGACAACAACAGUGCUUGGUGGAGGUUUAAUAUCAUAUUCUACAUCACAAUGUCAGCUUCAAAUCAAGAAACAAUCUGGCUGUAGACUGUAAAACCUAAAUCUUAGCCUGCUUUACUUCCCACCUGAACAACCUUAAAAUCAAAGAAAAAACAAAAUGCUGUUGGAGUUGGAAAUCUGAACAAAACGCAGAGAACACUGCAUUCAGCAGCUCACAGAGCAUCUGUGGAGCAAACAGACCAAAUGUUUUCAAUACCAAAAAUGCCUGUUAGUUUGUUUUAUUUAAUUUGAGGUAAUCUUCACUUCACGUAUAAUUGUCUUUGCCUAAGGAUAACAUCACUUACUACUCAGUCUGUCCCAGCAGGCGACUCAGUCUGUUGAAGCAGACACGCUCUUACUUAUGAUAGAAUUAAUAAGAGGCUUUCUAAAAUAAUUUUUUUUUCUCAUUAACUGCAUAUAUGCCUUUUACUCAAGGGGGGGGGGGCUAAAGUUUUUUUCUGUCAUUACCAAUGAAAGAAUGUACAUUUGUGGUGUAAUAAGAAUAUUAAUGAUCACUUCUUCAUACCUCCUGCUAAGUUAGAUGUACCUACAAUCUGAAUGCUACCUCUUGAAAGAUGGUCACAAUUCAGUGUGGAAUUCCUCUUUAGAUGGCACAUUAGGAGGGAAACUAAGCACUGCUCACGUGUUUCUUUUUUCAGCCACUGCAUAAUCAGAAACCAAGUAAACAAGUAGGUGCAGCUGAGAUCAUUCAUCCCCUGUUUUUUAAAUUUAAAAAUUUAAAAGUGCUUCUUAUGGUUCAAUUUGCUCUGUCCUUAAUAGAGGAAAGUCAGACCCUGUCCCACAUCCCCACUCCCAUCUCUCUCCUUCCUCAAAGUGUCAUUGCUGAUGAUCAGCUACUGAAGUCGAGUUGACUCUUCUUUUGAUGUCUCUGUCCUCUUGGUAAUCCAUGAGGUUGAUAACAGAAUUGUGAGAUUGUAUCCAUCGAGAAGGGUUUAACAAGCUGGAGGUUUUCUCUCUCUGGAGGAAAUAAAAGUGAGAAGUGACUUGAUGUCUACAAUUGCCAAGAGGUUUUCUAAGGUAGACCCAGAGAAAGUGUUUCUAAUUGUAUGGGAGAGCAAAACUAGGGGGUCAUAAGCGUAAGAUGGUCAUGUAUUAACCAGUAAAACGUACUUGCCCCAAGUGUUGACACUGUUGAACUUUGAGGGAAUUUAAUGUAUCUGAGAGAGAGAAAGAGGCAAAAAGAUCUGCUGAGGUGGGAGAAAGCCCCCUUAAUCAGGAACCCACCAAGCAAGGAAGUGGAGCCCCUCAUCCUGUGACAUCUGUAUGUUUGCGAUGUUACUGACUGAGCAUUGAUGGGUCACAGAGAGCUGAUUAAUCAGACCUAUCAGGAAUAAGUUUCUUCCUCACUGCAACCCUGUCAGAUUGACAGGGGGGGGCGGGGUGGAAUAUAAACACUGCUGGUUGAAUCAUUCUGGUGGCUAAACACUUCUGUAAUUGGAAAUCCCUCGAAAGUAACAAAAUGGAAAGGCUUUUCUUAUUUUAAGCUAAUGUGUGGCCUUACACAGUUCCCUUUCUAACUUAGAACAAAAGCACUUUGAGAUAGCCACUGGAAAAUCUCAUCAGAAACCAACAGCGUUUUUACUUUAACUGCCUUCACACCAGCAAAUUACUGUUUGUCCUGCCUUUUGAAAGAGGCUAAUAGUGCUGGUGGAGAGACAGAGAGCAUGCACAAGAGAAUAUCUCUCACUGUCUCACAUAAUGCAAAUGUCUUGAUGCUGAAGCAGGUGUGAACUGUGGUUAGUUAGCCUUUCAAAGCAUUUCAAUUGAAAGCUUUUUAUGAUGUUUUCUUUGGGUGAAAUUUGACAGUCUCUGAUUUUGUGCAUGGCUGCUGACUUUUUUUUUGCCCUGUAAGUAACAAACAUGGGACUGUAUUUUGGCCUUGAUGAUUUUGGUGAUUGUGAACAAAACAAUUUUUUUAAACAUUGUGGUUAUAGUUUCGGACAAGAACACAAAAAGAGCAAUUUAUCAAGAUUUAUUUUUCAAAACAGUGACUGUUAUACGUUGGCCUGUAACUUCAGAAGCUAUCCGGUGUAUUCCAUCACUGAGCUAUGUAAAGAAGUUCACUGAGUGACAAACGCUUCAUUCUAAGACUGAAACAUCCUAUACCAGACACACUUCAAUUCUGAUGCACCCUCAAUUAUUCUAUCAUUAGAUAGUAUCCACAAUUGCUAUCCAUAAAAUUAUUUUCCCUUUGUGAAAAGGACAGUGCUCAAUUUCUGAAACUUGCACAGGUGAAUUGGGAGGUCAGAAUAUACACACCAUCCCAUGUAUCUUUCCUGGAAUUUUUGUUUUAAGCAUUUCCUAGAGAAAGUAUUGGAUUCACAAGCACGAAGAUUGACCUUGAUCAGCAAUUCUAAAUGUGUGUGGGAAAAUUUCUAGCUAGAUUGUUUUGCUACAAUCAAUUCCCACCACGCCCCCAACACACACACAUGCACUCCCACACGCUCACACACACACACACACACCAACUCACCUACAAAUAUAUUUCAUAAGCCUAACAUAAUAAUCUUAAUUAAUGUCUGGUAUAUACCUGACAUGUAUAGUUUAAAUUUCUGUAUAAAAUGUUCCAAUUGAUCAUUUUUUUAAAACCCCAUUGUUUUGCAGUAAUUCUGUUAAUGAUAUGUGUGUAAAUUGUCCAAGGCAUAAACUAUUGAA